AUCUCGAUCAGAAAUGUUCAAGUUGUAGAGAUUGUCAAGACGAUAAAUCCUGUUAAAAACCAUGUAAAUCAAACACCGAUUAGUAUGUAAACGAAGAUAAUUUUGAUGAUUUUAUUUGUGUUAAAGUAUAUUUGAUUACACUGGAUCAAACCCAAUAUUACGCAAACACGACUCUUUAGUUCGAUUUGGCUGAGAGAGAGAGAGAGAGAGAGAGAGAGAAUGUGGGUGUUCAGCAGAAAAGGACCAUCUGGAUUUUCAUCACGCUCUACAGCUGAGGAAGUUACCGAAGGAAUCGAUGGGACUGGUCUCACUGCCAUAGUAACAGGAGCAUCAAGUGGUAUUGGCACCGAAACUGCGCGUGUUCUUGCGUUGCGUGGUGUCCAUGUAGUAAUGGGUGUCAGAAAUAUGGCUUUUGGAAAAGAGGCUAAAGAAGCUAUAGUUAAGGAAAUCCCAACUGCAAAAAUUGAAGCAAUGGAAUUGGACCUUAGUUCAUCGGCGUCAGUGAGGAAGUUUGCAUCGGAAUUCAAUUCAUUGGGACUUCCUUUGAAUCUCCUCAUUAAUAAUGCAGGAAUCAUGGCAACUCCAUUCAUGCUUUCCAAAGACAAGAUAGAGCUACAGUUUGCAACAAACCACUUAGGCCAUUUUCUUUUGACUAAUCUGUUGUUGGAAACAAUGAAGAAAACAGCACGUAGAACUAGCAAAGAAGGUAGGAUUGUAAAUGUAUCGUCAAGACGGCACCAAUUUACAUAUCCAGAAGGGAUCAGAUUUGACAAAAUGAAUGAUCAAUCAGGGUAUAGCAGUCUAUCUGCGUACGGUCAGUCAAAGCUUGCUAACGUUCUUCAUGCCAAUCAACUUGCGAGGGAUUUGAAGGACAAUGGUGUGGAGAUAACUGCAAAUUCACUUCAUCCAGGAGCAAUUGCCACUAAUCUAUUCCGUCAUUACAGGCUUGUUAGUGGUCUUGUUGAUGUGCUUGGUAAAUAUGUGAUUAAAAAUGUUCAGCAGGGGGCGGCAACUACAUGCUAUGUGGCAUUGCAUCCACAGGUUAAAGGGAUGAGUGGCAAAUAUUUUGCAGAUUGUAAAUUAGCCGAAGCAAGCUCGCAAGCAAAUGAUACUGAACUGGCAAAGAAGCUGUGGGAUUUCAGCUUGAGAUUGAUUAACCAAUGCGCCCAUGCUUCAUAGACUACAGGUUAGUGUUCAACUGAUAUUUCUUCUUCUUGGCCUUGAAGGAAGAAGCUAUUUAGUCACAUCAGCUUAUUAGAGACUUCCCAACAAACUGCAAAUUCCUGGACCUAAAAUUUACUUAGCAAAUGCCUGCACGCGCUGUUUCAUUCAGGUUCUUGUUAAAUGCCUCUGUUUCUAUUUACAAAAAUUGGGAGAAGGAAAGAAAGAGAUGGCAGAAAUGUGGAAAUUGCAGGAUACAUUAAAUAUAAAGUUUUGUUCUGGCUUGACAAA